UAGCGCCCGUAGCGCCGCAUCACUCGAGCUAAGAAGUUUUGAAUGGUGCAACAGUCCUUUAUAUCUCCUUUUUCACGUGGUGAAAACAGAGGAGACCAGCGUUUUGAGAUGCCGACACAAGAUAGUGCCGCCAAGGAGGCGGACGACGGUUUCCAGCUGGUGCAGAAGAAAUCACGGAAACGCAAGAUGACGAUGGACAUGGAUGACGCGGACCCCAAGGCGGGCGCCGUCGUCUACCCGCCCGCCAAGCAGGAGAAGUUGGAGGGCAAGGGGGAGCUGCGGCGGAUUGCGGUGCCCGCCCACCGCUACACGCCGCUCAAGGACAACUGGCUCAAGAUCUUCACCCCCGUGGUGGAGCACCUGCACCUCCAGAUCCGCUUCAACCUCAAGUCGCGCUGCGUCGAGAUCAGGACGUGCAAGGAAACCGAAGAACCGAGCGCCCUCCAGAAAGCGGCAGAUUUCGUCCGGGCCUUCACCCUGGGCUUUGAGGUGGACGAUGCCCUGGCCCUGGUGAGGCUUGACGAGCUCUUCCUCGAGUCCUUCGACGUCCAGGAUGUGAAGCCCCUGAAGGGUGACCACCUGGCCCGGUGCAUCGGGCGCCUGGCCGGCAAGGGCGGCCGCACCAAGUUCACCAUUGAGAACGUCACAAAGACACGUAUCGUGUUGGCAGACAGCAAGGUUCACAUACUCGGCUCCUACCAGAACAUCAGGGCUGCGAGAACAGCCCUCUGCAAUCUGGUUCUUGGCAAGCCCCCGUCCAAGGUGUACGGAACCAUGCGGCAACUAGCGAGCCGGAUAGGAGAGAGAUUCUAACUUAUUUUGAUCGGAACACCAAAACAGAGUACCUAAUAAAGCUAGUCUCAAAAGCACCCUCUGCGGUUGGGCACUUUA